AUGAGUAAGAGAAUUGAUAAAGCGCCUCUCAAAGAUCUGAAGAAAGAAAAACGUGGAAGUUCUUAUGUGUUACAAGAGAAGGAAGGUAGUAUUACACUGGUGGGAUGGCAUGAUAAUAAUCAAGUUAAUAUAGCAACAAACCUAAUCAACAAUGACAUAUGCUUAUCUAAGGGUUCGUGCAAGCGAUGGUCUAGAAAGGAUAAAAGUACAGUGUCAAUUGAACAACCAUCUUUGGUCAGCAUAUAUAACCAAGGAAUGGGGGGAGUUGAUUUGUUUGAUAAAAUGAGAGGCUUUUAUCGCAUUCGCAUACGUUCCAAAAAGUGGUAUUGGCCAUAUGUAAGAUUUUGUUUUAACGGAGCAGUAGUAAAUAUGUGGAUGCUGUAUAGAUUUGCACAUCCAAAACUUGGUUUACUAGAAUUCGUUCGCAGAAUAGUUUUAGCUUUGCUUUCAUCGCCUCCACAUUUGGGUGGACCAAAACCAAAAUGUACUAGAGCCGUUUUGCCCGAAAUUAGAUACGAUGGCGUGGAUCACCUGGUAGAUAGCAACAGUACUCAACGAAAAUGCGGCUUUUGUGGGAAAUGUGCUAAGUUUGUAUGUGUUAAGUGCAAUGUAGGCCUCCAUCCAGCACAUUGUUUUAGAGCCUACCACACACCAUAA